AUGAACGGAAAUGUUUCCGAAUGGUAUAACAAAUGCGACAAUGCCAUUAGAAGGUCAGAAAUAGUUCCUGGAACUUACGAAUAUACAACUGCUGUUUCUUAUGGAAACGUAGGUGAGUUUGGAGAAGGUUCUUCAACAACAGUAGAUAUUGCUUGCGACAGGUUUCAUAUUAUUUCUAUUGACAACUCAUUCUUAUACGUGGAACAAGACAUUGAAAUAAAACCUUCUGCCAAGUUGUCUGACAAGAAAGGUUGCAAUGGAAUUUUCUAUGUCGGAUACCAAUAUGCUCCAGAAGUUUUCAUGGGAUAUAAGAUAUAUUCUAACUCUGACUUAGUUCAAACAGUAACAUGGGCAAACUAUGAAUGGUUCGCUUUGAGAAACUCAGUACAACCACAAGCUAGAGAACAAACAGACCAGUAUGCAACUAUUGAGAAAAUAAGAAGACUUGACCCUAACGUUCCAGGAGUUUAUGUUAACCUUUCUGGACAAACUGCAGCAGCAGUAACCAAAGUAAAAUUGAAACUUAGAGUUCCUUUGUCAUCUUUCCUCAUCUUCAGGUUUUUAAGAUACUUGCCAAACUGGGCAGGAAAAAUUUCUAUCGAACUUACUCCAAGCAAAAAUAACUUAGUCAUUGCACCAGCACAAGACCCAUUCACUAUUACAGACGUAAAGGGAACAAAUCAAACGUCAUUCGCCGAAUUUUGCAAAGACAAAGUUGACUUAGACUUUGGUUUCUCAAACUUCAACAAUGAAGUAAACUAUUAUUUCAAUGCUGCUGGAACUGCUUGGGACCCAGUUAAGUUCACAUGCGAACAGUUUGAAUGCAAGAGAAUAGAAAGCAGACUUGCCGUUUAUAUGUUGGACCCAGAUAUUUCAAAUGCUUUAGCUGCCAAAUAUAUUGCAGUUCCACUUAUGUUCCCUAUACACCAAAUAUCUGUCAAAGACUUUGCAGGUGAAGUUGGAAACCAAAAUCCAGGAGCCGCAG